AUGGGCUUACUCUUCAGAUACACCAUACUCUUGGGCACACUGCUCCAGGUAGUGUCGGCUGCGCAUGUCACCCAAAACCUCUGGAGCUUAUACUACACCAUCAAGCAAACAGGCUACUGUAGAAAUACGCUGAAAGGUGGAUUCGCGACCAUAGAAGGUCAAGGUCCCGACUACGUCUAUUGUGGCGAUCACCUCAAAAGCGAAGGCAUAGUGUACAUCCAAGGUGUCAAUGGUAAUCUGGCAGCCCUAGGCCCCAGCUGCGCGGGAGACACAUACCGUUAUAACGACGACUUCGACUCAUACUGCGAUUCAUCUCUCGACAAUCCCGUGAAUCCCACGACCUUUCAGCCCAUUAUACAAAGCUACAACGUAGGCGUUAGCGACUUCAACCCAUAUGUGACAUCAUUUGUUACAUUUGGAAAUGUAGAGAGCAAGAAUCCCGGUUUCAUUAGCUUCGAUCCCCGUAAGUACGGCAUAGAACCCAUGUCCAUUAUUGCUGUUGUAUGCAACAACAGGAUGUUCUACGGCAUCUGGGGGAACAUGAACAAGGAUGAUGGCCCACCGCUAGUUGGGGAAGCGUCUGGUUCAAUCGCCAAACUUUGCUUUGGCUCCUACUUUGACUAUUACUACUCGAGCAAUCAUACCGACAUCCUCUACAUUGCGUUUACCGGCAAGGAUGCAGUUGUUGGACCUCAUGGAGCCAAGUGGAAUGCUACCACCAUUCGAGAGUUUCAGGACUCAAUCGAGGCUCAGGGAAAUCGGUUGAUUGAGAAGCGCAUCAAGUGUUGGAGUCCGGUGUAUUGCCAAUUGUCCAAGGUGCCGGCGCACUAA